AAUUAGGUGAUAUGAUAUCAUUCUCAAGGAUACAAAACUCAUUUAAUCAUUUAAACCUUCAAUAUUAAUGCUGCUUCCUUAAUAAGUAUGAUUAGCAUUUUGACAAUUAGUUUUUUUUCCAUAAAGAAGAAUAAACUCUUCCUCAAGAGUGCCUCUCUAAAUAAUGCUUAAUUAGAGAUCACAGUAAUAUCUCAACGGAAUAUAGAAAACAACAUGUGGAAGUGAUGACACAUGCAGUCUAAAGGUCGUUUAUGCAACAGUAGUAGCUGCUAGAACGGCGUAACCGGUCAUCCAGGCCAUAAACAUCUACCCUCUGUCUAAGUUCUUUUCCAGAAGUGUUGUUCUUUUAGGCAUUUUUUGCUAUCUUUAUUGAAAGUUUGAUCAUUGGUUACAAAGAUUACAGGCAGUUAGCCUGAAGACUUUUAUUUUGUUCUAAUUCAGUUGAUUUUUUUUAAUCCCCUCUAUUGAAAACAUUCAUAUUGUGUCCAUGGAUAAAGAUUCUGCACGGCGCGAUAUGACGGAGUUCUGGUUGGAGCACUCUCAGGAAGCCACCAUGCAGGAAAUGAUGCUGGACUCCAGUGCCGAGCAACUUAGUCAGCUGGAGCUGCCUGAGAUCCUGUCACUUCUCCCUAAUAUAGAGGGCACCAACAUACUUGAGCUGGGAGCUGGAAUCGGGAGGUACACGCAGCACUUUGUGAAGAAAGCUCACCAUGUAAUUGCAGUGGACUUCAUGAAGAAAUUUGUGGAAAAGAAUAAGCAAGAAAACAGUAAACAUGGCAACGCUGAGUUCAUUCAUUCUGAUGUCACUCAGUUGAAACUUCCUAAAAACAGUUUCGAUUUGAUCUUCUCUAAUUGGCUGAUGAUGUACCUGACUGAGGAGGAGCUUCUGUCUCUAACUGAAAGCAUGUUGAGCUGGCUUCAGCCAGGAGGGUACCUCUUUUUUAGGGAGUCCUGCUUCCACCAGUCAGGAGAUCGCAGGAGAGAUUUUAAUCCCACUCAGUACCGUACACCUGCCCAUUACAACCACUUGAUGACUUCAGCUAUUUGGCAGGAGACGGAAACAAAGCAAACAUUUGGUUUUGAUAUCGUCAUGUCAAAGGCAGUCCAGACCUAUAUCCAGGUGAAAAAAAAUCAGAAUCAGGUUUCUUGGCUAUUGCAGAAGGUCCCACGUAAUAUAUCCGGCCAUCAGGGAUACAGCACUUUCCAGCAGUUCCUGGACAACCAACAGUACACACAGCGUGGCAUCUUGAGAUAUGAGAUGAUCUUUGGAUCUGGAUAUGUCAGCACAGGAGGGCUGAGCACCACCAAGGAAUUUGUUGACCUCCUGAAUUUAUCAUCUGGCCAAAAAGUUCUUGAUGUAGGAUGCGGAAUAGGGGGUGGGGAUUUCUACAUGGCAAAGACAUUUGGUGUGGAAGUUCUUGGCAUGGAUUUGUCAUCAAAUAUGAUAGAAAUUGCAAUGGAGAGAGCCAUUAAGGAGAAUGUACCCUUGGUGCAAUUUGAGCUUGGAGAUGCCACCAAGAGAAGCUUCCCUGAAAGUUCAUUUGAUGCUAUUUAUAGCAGGGAUACAAUCCUUCAUAUUUCUGAUAAGUUGGACCUUUUCAAGCAUUUUUAUUUGUGGUUAAAGCCUGGAGGAAAGGUACUAAUUACUGACUACUGCUGUGGAGAGAAGCCAUGGUCACCUGAAUUUCAGGAGUAUGUCAGACAAAGGGGCUACCUCCUUCUCACUCCAGAAAAAUAUGGACAGAUGAUUGAGCAAGCAGGGUUCAUUCGAGUGCGUGUGGAGGACAGGACCAGCCAGUUCAUUCAGGUGAUCAAGAAGGAACUGAAAAGAGCAGAGGACAUCAAGGAAGAGUUUAUAGAGGAGUUUUCUGAAGAGGACUACAACACCAUAACAAGUGGCUGGAGAGAGAAGAUUCAGCGUUGUGAGAGAGGAGAUCAACGCUGGGGUCUUUUCUAUGCUGAACGAAAUGGAGAGAGUUGAAAUCAGAUGAUUCAAAUAUUAAUAAUUUCAUUUCAUUAAUAUAUAGUUGCAAAUUAAAAUGACCAGUAAAAUGUGUUGAAAUGUGUGAAAAUUGAAUUUAUGUUUAGUAGGAAAAUUAACAAAUGAUCAUUUCUCAAGGCAUUUGUAAUUUAACACUAAUAUGUAGCAUUUAGUACAGUGUUCUGUUAUUUUUCCUCAUACAACACAAAAUACAUUAUUUUACCUUUAGUGUUAUUAAUCAGAUCUUUGAUCAUAUUGGUUAAUUUGCUUUCACAUAUACAUAAAUAAAAUGGCUAAAUAAAGCAAAACAUUUAAUAGUAAAAAUAUUUUGAUGAAAUUGUAUAACAGUUAACUACUGUCUUUGGCGAAACAAUAUCUAAAAUGUUUAGAUUUCUUUUAUGGGUUUCAAAGAAAUUUACUGGUGUUUUUUGCAAAAAAUUACAAAAACGUCUUUACUGACUGUUUAUGUUUUUUUCUAUUCACGAUUUUAAUAUGACAGAAAGUAUUAAUUUAUAGCAUCAUUCAUUGAUUGUAAACUUGAGAUUUGCAUUUUGCAUCAGUUUUCACGGUAUUAUCACUAAGUUUAAAGUGGAAUUGUUGUUAAUCAGAUUUAAUCAGAUUAAAGAUUUGUUAUAGUUAGGGUGAUCACCUAGUCCAUGUCAGGGGGGAUACUAUGAGCUAGGACAGGGUUUGUAAACUAUUAUUUCAAUUAAAAAGACCUUGGUUUUACUUUAGCACCGAGUUAUUGCUGUAUGCUGAUUGGUCAGUCUCCUAUAAUUAGGCAUGUAUCACUGCUGUUAACAUGAAAUAACCGGAUGAGUCUUUUAGUCAAAGAAACAAACCAGUUGCCCCACACGAAAUUUUGAACGAAUUAGCCAAGCACAAGGUUUUUUCGGUUUUAAGUAGUCUAUAAAACCUGAAGUAACUCAUAGUGUCCGCCUGAAAUGGAUUAGGUGGUGGCCCUAAGCUACAAUGAGGUUUUCUGCCUAGUUCACCAAUAAAAAUUAUUGCUAAUAUUAAUAGUAAUUAAGGGUGACGUGCAGACUCAAUGUGAAAGAUUUGUAAGAGGAAUGUUAAAACUUAGGUCCAUGCAGGUUUCCAGUGAAAAUCAAACGCAUUAUUGUAUUUAAAAUAGUAAACUAGCGUUACUAAAUGUUUAAUUGCAAAUAUUUACACUUAUUCUCUGACUAAUUUCAAAAUGCAUUCCUGAAUUUGAAACAUCUAAUUAAUAUACAGUACGCUGUUUACAAUUACAGGGCUACAGGGUACGAAAUCUCAUAGUAGCUUUCGAAGGAGCUUUAUUUUCUGGUGAGUGCCACGACUUCAGAAGUCCACAUGCACGCGCAUAUAUAUAAGUGCGUGGCAUCGCGGUCAAUAUCUUAGUUACUUAGUAACUGAGUUUAUUGCGUAAAACAUUCUACUGCUAUGAGCGAAGAAAGACAUAACAAUCACAUAUUUAUACAUUUGUUUUUUUUGU